AUGAGCAUUCCGACAAGGGGGCUUUUGCCUCUACACACAGCAAUUUGUCGUGGACUUGAUCAAGUCGUGGUGCUACUUCUUCAAGGUGGCGCCGAUGUCGAUGCUAAGCAAUGGAAGGGCCAAACAGCGUUAUUACUUGCAGUUGAACGAGGUCACCUGGCUCUCGCCACAGCUCUUAUGGACAAGUACGAGGCCAGGCUCGAACUCAAGGACGAGACCAAGCAGAGGCCGUUAUUGCUGGCCUGCAAGGUGGGAGACAUAGCUAUGGUUGAAGCUCUACUGGCAAGAGGCACAAGAGUGGACAAGAGGAAUAUGAAGGGGAGAACCGCUUUGACACAUGCAGCCAUAGGCGGAUACGAGAGGAUUGUUGGACUUUUACUCUAUCAUGGUGCCGACCCCAAUGCUUUUGACAACGCCGGUGAAACGCCCUACUCGUUUGCGAGUCACCACAUGCGUGGAAUUUUCCACCGAUAUGCGUACAACGGCAGGUGUAACGUUGCCAUGCUGCGGACGGAAAAGUAG